AUGUUUAGAGAUAGAACAAACUUAUUUUUGUCGUACCGUCGUACUGUUCCACGUAGUAUUCUGCGAAAUGACAGGCGGUUUGAAUCUUUAGAGGAAGAAGAAGAAGGUUUGAUUGAAUCUAGAAGAAGUGAUAGGAGGCAAAGAUAUCAAGAUAACAAUGACUCUAUAGAAAUGAAAAACUUACCGCCAUCGAUAUUUGAUAUAUCAAGAGAAAUAGAUGAUAAUUUGUUACAAAUUAAAGGAAAAACUAGCGAGUUGAAUUCGUUGUAUAAAAAAUUACUAAUAACUAAUUAUAAUGAGAAACAAGCAAUUGAAAAUAAGAUCGAGAAUUUAAACUAUGAUAUAACAAAGAAAUUUGAAAGCUCUUAUGUGUUAAUUAAGAAGUUUGAAUUCUUACAGAAGAACCACGGCAGAUUAAAUUUAGAUUAUUCCAAUAAUGAGAUAUCAAUCAUUGAAUCAUUCAAGAAGAAUUAUGCAUUGAAGAUCCAGGAAAGUUCAUUAAUCUUCAGAAAUUUGCAAAAUAAUUACAUAAAGUUUUUGAAGGAUGAUGAGGACGAAACAGAUACCUUGAUAAAUGACUCGAAUAAUGACCAAUUUAAUUUAAUUGAGAAUGAAGAAGAGUCCCGAAAUAUUGAAAAUUAUUCUAAACAAAUUCUCCAGCAAACUCAAAUACAUUCAUCAAAUUCACAGUUUCUUCAGGCUAGGGAACGAGAGAUUUCAAAGCUCGCGAUGGGAAUUUUGGAAAUAUCUACUAUUUUCAAAGAGAUGGAAAGCAUGGUCAUUGAUCAGGGAAGUGUACUAGAUAGAAUUGAUUAUAAUAUAGCAAACACUGCACAAGAUUUGAAAAGUUCGGACAAAGAAUUGAUAAAAGCUCAAGGGUACCAAAAAAGAACAACAAAGUGCAAAUUAAUAUUUUUGUUGUCUUUAGUUGUGUUUGCAUUAUUCAUUAUUGUCCUAGUGAAACCGCAUGGUAAAACAAAAGUAAUUGAGAAACCAGCUCCGGAUAGUAACCCUGAAGAUAGACCCACUAUAAAUAAUCCUGAGGAUUCAAAAACAGGAUCAAAGAAUGUAAAUGCCGAAGGAAAUUCAAAUGCUGACGUGGACGAUAGUCUAUAUUACAAGGUCAUAUAA